AAUCAUGUGGUUGCAUGUGCAUUUAGUUGGAGAACAUGCCCAAAGCAUCAAGCAACACCCCCUUGGAUAUCCCCUUUUCAUUUAUCCCAUUCCCUAGAAGCCUUCCAUGAAAUUGUUCCCCUGUCCCUACCCUUUUGGGCUGUCACUUAAAUUAUUUGAAUUAUCAUGAUUGCCCACCAACCCAGUACCCCCAAGGAAUCAUAUAAAAGCUCCCAAUGCCGCCGUUGCUGCUGUACAAGGUCUUUGUCUAGGCAACAAAGGUUUGAAAGAAUUUUGAAUCAUGGGAAUGUCUCCACUUCCCCUCCUUUCAUUUGAUUCGAAUGGUAUCCAUAGCAAUGAGGAAAUGUCAGUAUCCAAUGGUUCUCCGUGGAGCAUACUUUUAGAAGCGCAGGCCAAGAGAAGGAUGAAAGUGAAGAAGCAGAGAAUCAGCAGCACCAGGAAAAAAGCAAGGCAUGUUAGGCCCAGAAGUAUUUUGAUGAAGCUGAGGGCACGUCAAGAAGGUUCUAGAAGGCCCGUGAACCAUAUUGAAGAGAAGGUAAAAACCCUGAAGAAGCUAAUUCCGAACAGCGAGUCCAUGGGCUUGGAUGGGCUUUUAAGGGAGACGGCUGAAUAUAUUUUGUCCUUGCAAAUGAAGGUGAACGUCUUGCAGAUUAUGGUGAGACUUUUGACGGGUCCUAAUGAGUGAAUAGAUGAUAUUCAUUUGUAAAAGGCUAAUAUAUCAUAUUCUUAUUCUUUUGUGUUUCAUGUUGCUUCUUGGCUUCAUGUUGUUAAGAUUUUAACUAUAGCUUGGCUCGUUCUAUUUGUAUGAAAAAUGGCUUGAGAUGGACACCUGAAUUUUCUAGUUGGAUCUGUUUGUUCUUCCUUUACACAGCUAAAGCAAAACAAAAAUAUUUUUGCCAAUUUUUAACCAGCUUAAUUAUGUUGCGGGCAAAUUCGAACUCUUGCCCUCGCUAACGAGAAAAUCAUAAAAAAAAAAAA